AGCAUCGAUCGUAAAUUGAGUGCUAUGCUGGCGGAAUACACUUCAGUUUGAACAAAGCACUCGGAGCGGUCGCAUGUUCCGGUUAAAAAUCGAGAAUGAAGUUCGAAAGUCUUCUGAUUAUCUGCAUUAGCGUGCUUCUUCAAUUACAGAUGGGAGCAACUAUACCUAUGGGCAGUGCACUCCAACCUUCUGUAUACGCACAAGCUAGGCGUUUCAAUCUGGAUGAAGAAAUAGUAAAUAAUAUGCGGCUCAAUAAAAAGCCGUGGAUUGUCACAGAAACUAAACCGAACGGUAUGGUGAUUAGGCAUAUCUUCGAGUUGAGCCACAACGAAAGGCUUCUCUCAAGGAGCACGCAAGUCAUGUUCCCACAAAAUCAAGGCAAUCAUGAAUUUCUAUGCCAGUGGCAAUCGUUUUUAAACUUUUUCAAUGACUUUGAUAUCCUGCAAUUUGGUUCGCAAUUUAUUCCUUUUGGAGUAGAUCGCAUUCCUCAAAAUUGUCCUUGCCGAGGAUUUCCCUGUUUGAAUGAGCAGGAUGAAAGGAAUUUAGGGCCUCAAGACGUCCCCAAAGGAAAUGAACGCGUUCCCCAUAGGGACUCGGAUUAUGAUAGAAGGCCGCCAAAUCCAGCUUCGCCACAGCGGCCAGUGGCACCUACGCCCACCCUGAAACCCCCCACCUUGGACAAUACGGAGCCCAUAUGGGUUCCAGUCCCAGAUCCGACAACAACCGAGCGAAGUUCGGUCCCACUGCCCACGGCUGCACCCAAAGGCAAAGGAUCUGACCCGGUAAUCGAUGACUUUUUGGCAAAGGUGGAUCUCACUGUCGCGGACAUCAAGGAGGAGGAUGGCCAGUUGGUCACCACAAUCGUGGACAAACAAGGACGAGUCCUAAGUGUCAGUUUUGCCCUGAGUGAGAAUGACAAAGGGCAACCGCGUGCUGCGAAUUAGCAAAGUCAGACUUCGAAAUUAUAUACAUACAUAUACAGAAAAAGUGAACAAAGAGAUAUAACAAAUAUAAAGCCUUAACAGCCUAACAAGAUUAGUAUAAAUAAUAUGAACACGCUUAUGUUUCUUCUUUUAGUAACAAAGUAUAUAAACAAAA